AGGGGUUGGAAAUCGAGGAUGAAGGAACCAGGAGGGGCAUGCGCCCCGAGAGGAAAUAGAACUGGAAGGGGAUAGAAUUUAAAAAAGGAAAGAUGGAAACAGGUGGAUGGAAGUCAAGAGGGAAGAAACCGGAUGAAGGAAGAACUAGAGGGGACAAUGGGUGGAUCGAAACGGGGGUCGGAAUUCAGGGAGAAGAAAUUCCCUGAAUGAGAAAAGCACCCUUUGAAUGAGGAAGUUGGAACUAAGGAUGAUGAGGGAUAGUGAUGGAAAUCGGGGGGCGGGAUGUGAAACUGGAGGACACAGAAACUCGCAGGGAUGGGGCUGGGAGGAUGAAAAUGCAGGAGAUGGAACCGUAGGGGACGAAAAGCAAGGACGAAAUUAGGGCGAACUAAAAAGGAGAAGGAAACCUCAGCCUUCUGGAGAAGCGACAGGAAGGUGCAGAGACGCUAGAGCUGAGUGCUGAUGGGCGCCCGGUGACGACGCAGACCCGGGACCCGCCGGUGGUGGACUGCACCUGUUUCGGUCUCCCUCGCCGCUACAUUAUCGCCAUCAUGAGCGGUCUGGGCUUCUGCAUCAGCUUUGGUAUCCGCUGCAACCUGGGCGUGGCCAUCGUCUCCAUGGUCAACAACAGCACGACCCACCGCGGGGGCCACGUGGUGGUGCAGAAAGCUCAAUUUAACUGGGAUCCAGAGACUGUUGGCCUCAUACACGGCUCCUUUUUCUGGGGCUACAUUGUCACCCAGAUUCCCGGAGGAUUUAUCUGCCAAAAAUUCGCAGCCAACAGGGUUUUCGGCUUUGCGAUUGUGGCUACAUCCACUCUAAACAUGCUGAUCCCCUCGGCUGCCCGAGUCCAUUAUGGCUGUGUCAUCUUCGUGAGGAUCCUGCAGGGGUUGGUAGAGGGGGUCACGUACCCUGCCUGUCACGGCAUCUGGAGCAAAUGGGCCCCGCCCUUAGAGCGGAGUCGCUUGGCAACAACAGCUUUUUGCGGUUCCUAUGCUGGGGCGGUGGUCGCGAUGCCUCUCGCCGGGGUCCUGGUGCAGUACUCAGGAUGGAGCUCUGUGUUCUACGUCUACGGCAGCUUCGGGAUCUUUUGGUACCUGUUCUGGCUGCUGGUCUCCUAUGAGUCCCCGGCUCUGCACCCCAGCAUUUCGGAAGAGGAGCGCAAGUACAUCGAGGACGCCAUCGGCGAGAGCGCCAAACUCAUGAACCCGGUCACGAAGUUUAACACACCCUGGCGGCGCUUCUUCACGUCCAUGCCAGUCUAUGCCAUCAUCGUGGCUAACUUCUGCCGCAGCUGGACGUUCUACCUGCUUCUUAUCUCCCAGCCCGCCUACUUCGAGGAGGUGUUCGGCUUCGAGAUCAGCAAGGUGGGCUUGGUGUCAGCGUUGCCCCACUUGGUCAUGACCAUCAUCGUGCCCAUCGGCGGCCAGAUCGCGGACUUCCUGAGGAGCCGCCGAAUCAUGUCCACCACGAACGUGCGCAAGUUGAUGAAUUGUGGAGGCUUCGGCAUGGAAGCCACGCUGCUGCUGGUGGUGGGCUACUCGCACUCCAAGGGCGUGGCCAUCUCCUUCCUGGUCCUCGCCGUGGGCUUCAGCGGCUUCGCCAUCUCUGGGUUCAACGUGAACCACCUGGACAUCGCCCCGCGCUACGCCAGCAUCCUCAUGGGCAUCUCCAACGGCGUGGGCACGUUGUCAGGCAUGGUGUGCCCCAUCAUCGUGGGUGCCAUGACCAAGCACAAGACUCGGGAGGAGUGGCAGUAUGUAUUUCUAAUUGCCUCCCUGGUGCACUAUGGGGGUGUCAUCUUCUACGGGGUCUUCGCUUCCGGGGAGAAGCAGCCGUGGGCAGAGCCUGAGGAGAUGAGCGAAGAGAAGUGUGGCUUCGUUGGCCACGACCAGCUGGCUGGCAGUGACGAAAGCGAAAUGGAGGAUGAGGCUGAACCCCCCGGGGCUCCUCCCGCCCCCCCUCCUUCCUAUGGGGCCACACACAGCACAGUUCAGCCCCCAAGACCCCCACCCCCUGUCCGGGACUACUGACCAUGUGCCUCCCACUGAAUGGCAGUUUCCAGGACCUCCAUUCCACACAUCACUGGCCUGAGUGACUGUCAAGGAACCCCAGUUCUCUCUGUCCUGCUGCAGGCCUAAGAAGCACUUGCCCUCUUCCCCAGUGCUGUCAAGUCCUCUCCCCUUCCCGAUCUCGCCUCUCAGGGGUAGUGAAGCUGCAGACUGGCAGUUUCAAGGAUACCCAAAUUCCCCUAAAGGUUUUCCUUCUCCACUUGUUCUGCCUCAGUGGUUUCAAAUCUCUCCUUUCAGGGCUUUAUUUGAAUGGACAGUUCAAUCUUUUACUCUCUCUUGUGGUUUUGAGGCACCCUUCCCCCGCCCUUUCCUUUAACCCCCGGGACUCUCGGGCUACCCCCCCCCCCCNCUACCCCCCCCCCCCACAGAACUACUCAGCCUUCCUCGCCUUUCAGAAACAUUCAAGGUUUUCCUCUAGAAGUUACAAAUCUCUCCCGAUUCCAUUUUGCAUUUUCCAGGUUGGAUUAACCAAUCGCCCAUCCCCGCCAUUCUAGGGAUCGAUUCUCACCAGCGUUUCUGAGGGAGAAUGGCGGUUUCAAUCCCCCCUCACCCCUCACCCCUCCCUCCACCAGCAGGUUCUGCUGAAGCACCAAAUUCCCCAAGACCUUCUCCCUAGCUUAGCACAAUGUCUAGGGAAGCAAGAUGGCAGUUUUAACACUAUGCCUCUCUCCACCCCCAUGCACUUUCUCUGACACGUUUUCAGGUCUAAAUAGUGGCUGCUCAAGUCCAUCAACUCAAUGGUGUGAAGCCACCAUCACUGAACUUCCCCACGGUGGUUUCAAGAUGCCCCUCUUCCCCCUAAUUCCUUGCACUUUAUUCUCCUGGGUGGUUUCGAACUACUCUUGUUUUCUCAGUGGCCAUUUGUUGUGUCCCUCAGGGGCUAAACGACUCAAAAUCUGGGAUCCGUCCUCUCUCAGACUCCCCUCUUUCGGCUUAGAAUUUGGGGACUAUAUGCAGGAGGAGUCACAGAAUCCCAGGAAAGGGAAUGGGGCUGGGGGAGAGGGGUGUUUUCCCCAGAGCAGGGUUGUGUCUUUGUGUCUCUGUCUCUGUGACUGUAAAUCCUGCCCUGCCUCACUCCCAAUAAAAUGCUUUGGUG